GUGGCGGCGACGGGCAUGAGCCAGUUUACGUACUUCUGCACGACGUGCGGCGUGACGGGCGAGGACAACUUUGACCGGAACGAUGCGACGGGCGAGAGUAUCUGCAACAUCUGCGGCGCGCAGAACGCGCAGCAGAGCCGCAACGAAGAGUACGACAUGGAGGACGCGCUCGCGAUGCGCGGGUCGCGCAAGAUCCGCCAAAAAGCCAAGCGCGCUCGGCGCGGCAAGGCGGCGAAGGAGGCCAGGCCGCUCGUGACGCUCGAGUCGUGCCUGCAUGUGUCGCAGACCAUCUUGCAUCUGCAGGCCGAAGCGCUCGCGGUGGCGCUCAACGAUCCUGGGCUUGUCGCGACCGUCGAAGAGCUCUGGUUCCACUUUCUGGGUAUGUGGAGUGCGCAUGGCACACGGCCGCUGCUCAACUGCUUCCUCUCCAAGGCCGGCCACGCCUCGGACAAGCCAGCCAACGCCCUGCUGGAGAGCGGGUACGAGACGCAGUGGGACUAUGGCAACGACGGCAAAGGUGCAAAAGAAACCGAGCUCUCGCGGUUCUCGCUGCGGUCGCACUUGGGGCUCUUGUACCUUGCGGCGCGGCUGCGCCACCUCGGCGUGCUCACGAGCGACCUGUAUGUGCUCGUGCGGGACGGGCGCCUGCCGUACGGCAACGUCCUGAGCUUGCUCCCGGACGCAAUGACCGCGCCCGUCGAUGCGCUGCAUCUGUACUUCAACACAAACUUGCCGUACCUUGCCGUGACGGCCUCGACGAUCACGGCCGAAGCCAACUACCUGCACUACCACCUCGACCUCGAGCUGCCACCGCUCAACAUGUCGCUGGCGUUUCGCACCUGCGCGGCCGCCUUGCAGUUGCCAAAUGCCGUGUCGGAGGCUUUUAGUAUACUUCAAACGGUCUUGCCGCCCGAGACGAUGGCGGCUGAAGGCAGCGGCACCAAGCUGUGGCUGCUUCCGUCCGAAGUCGACUUUGUCGCCCGCGUCCUCGUCGCGCUCAAGCUUUGCCCGUCCUGGCACCUCUUGGUCUACACGUCCAACACAGACAAGGACGAGGCGUUCUCGCUCAUGUUUCCGCUCGACGCGCGCGCGCCGCGCCUGAAGCGCAAGCACCUGCACGCAUUUGUCGCUGCCACCGAUGACGCGCGGCAUGGCCAGUGGAGUCGCGUCACCGUGCCAUCGCACCUCGACGACCACAUUGAAGCGCUGCAGACGAUUGCUGCCGACGAGACGGUCGAGACCCUUGUCAAGCCGGCGCCUGUAGUGGCCUUUGCGCCGAUGCACAACGCGACGGGUGCGCCGGUCGACCAAGUGCCGACGACGCCUGACGACGCACCGUUCUACCCGUAUUAUCGGUACCCGCGCGAAGUUCGACUACAGCACGUCGAUGGCGCGACCGAGCAUUUGGUGUCGGUCUUGGCCGAGUACAUGGACAUGCCGCGACUUGUGGUAUUCGAAGCUGUCGCGACGCUCGAGAAACUCUACUUGCCACUCACAGACGUCGUUCCACCGACCGUGUUUCGGUAAACUAGGAUGUAUUAUCGAAUGCAAUAGUUUGUCAAUAUCAAUGGCGGACGGUUUGUC